GCUGUGGAGGAAAUUGCGGAUUUUCAACGGCGGGAUUAGGCGUCCGGGCCGGCCUUGCUUUGGUCCCCAGGGGGCUCAGGUGGAGAGCGCCAGGCGGGACACUCUGGCCCUUGCCCUUCUUCCUCUCCGCGGGCCGAAGCCUACUAGGCGGGACCGAGGGCCGCAGAGCUGGUGGCGGGGCCGCGGAGCCGCCCCUCGGGGUGAAGUCACAGCGCUUCUCCGGCUUCCCGGGAGCGGAAGCCUCCCUGUGGGCGCGUCUGUGUCCCCGGUGAACCCGCUUGCGGACCGCGACGGGGUUCGGGCGGGGCCGGUCGCUCGGCCUCGCCCUGAGCUGCCAUUUGGGCGGCUUUUUUAACUGGAGGGGAUCUCGGUCUCGGCGGCGGCCUGGGUCCGGUUGUGAAGAAUGGUUCGUGAAGCCGGCGGCGGUGACAGCGUCUGCGCGGCACUUCGUUGACCAUGGAUUCUUAUGACAUCCCAGAAUCAACAUCCUCAAGGCUUAAAGAUCACUUUAUAGGUGCCACCCCACUGCAGAAGCGGUUGGAAUCAGUCAGGAAGCUGACUUCAUUUGUCCCGCCUUCACCUCAAAGGAAAAUUCCCCAAUGUUCACAGUUGCAGGAAGAUGUUGAUCCUCAAAAGGUUGCAUUCCUUCUACAUAAGCAAUGGACUCUGUAUAGUUUAACUCCCCUGUAUAAGUUCUCCUACACUAAUCUCAGAGAAUACUCUAAAUUUCUGAGUGCGUUUAUUGUUGCUGAAAAACAAAAAGGACUUGCUGUGGAAGUGGGAGAAGACUUGAACAUCAAGGUGAUUUUCUCUACUCUCCUGGGAAUGAAAGGAACACAAAGGGACCCUGAUGCAUUUCUCGUCCAGAUUCUGUCAAAAUCUCACUUGCCAUCUGAGAACAGAGAAGGCAAAGUGUUGUGGACUGGGUGGUUCUGCUGUAUAUUUGGAGACAAUCUUUUGGAGACUGUUUCAGAAGAUUUCACCUGUCUACCCUUAUUUCUUGCAAAUGGAGCAGAGACUAAUACCGCCUUAAUUGGAACCUGGUUUCAGAAAACUUUUGACUGUCAUUUCAGUCCCUUAGCAAUCAAUGCAUUUAAUCUUUCCUGGAUGGCAGCUAUGUGGACUGCAUGCAGAAUGGACCACUAUGUGGCCACUACUGAAUUUCUCUGGUCUGUACCGUGCGGCCCUCAAAGUCUGGAUAUUGCUUAUGCCAUACAUUCGGAGGAUGCAAAAGCUCUGUGGGACAGUGUCCACAAAGCCCCUGGGGAAGUGACCCAGGAGGAAGUUGACUUGUUCAUGGACUGCCUUUGUUCACAUUUCCAUAGGCAUUUCAAAAUUCACUUAUCAGCCACAAGAUUGGUUCGCGUUUCAACAUCAGUAGCUUCAGCACAUACUAAUGGAAAAAUAAAGAUUCUGUGUCAUAAGUACCUUAUUGGAGUGUUGGCAUAUUUGACAGAACUGGCAAUUUUUCAAAUUGAGUGAGGCCUUGUGGGGAUCAUAAGUCAUGGAUUAUAUACCUUUCUAGUUGACUAAUUGCUUUCUCAGAAGCGACCUCAGGAGAAAUGGGCAUCCAUCUCUGCACCUGUUUCCUCACAGUGCCUUCGGAGGUGCCCAGUAGAAGCCAAGAAGGAUCUAGAACAGAAGGUGGUAGGGGAUGAACCAUAGCCAGGUGCUUCUAUAAUAGUUGUGACGAUCAGGGGUGCCAGUCUCUAGAAAAUGCUGAGUUAUUUGUUGACCAUCUUUCUAAAAAAUAUGUAAUGUUUAGUAUGUCAAACGUUUAGGAUUCAAAUGAUAUAGGUCUAAUAUUCAGUAUUUCUGAUUUGGGUCUCUAAAACUUUUAGUUCCUUGAAAGCAUUUUAGACUUGCAUUAAGAGAAUUUCUGUCUUGUGAAGACAUUUUUCUAGCACAAGUUUGCUGUAGAGAGCUAGCAAUCAACAAACCCUCUGCAAAGGAAACUAAAAAUGAAUAUGGAUUUUUUAAAGCAACUAAUAAUGCUUGUUUUUAAUAUUAUUCAGUUCCUAUUGAAAUGUUGAAUUAAAUAUAUUCACUUUUAAAAGGAAGCAGUGUGUUUACAGUAUUUUGGUAACAUGUUUAAUGUUUCAGGAAUGGGAAGGCAUGGGCUUUUUCUCUAGCACAAAGGUUACAAACCAACGAUUCCAGAGAGUCACACAAAUUGUAUAUUGGAAAGGCAGAGAUUUUCUUCAUUCCCUAAUUUUGCUUUAGCGCAGUGCUUCGUAAAUAUCUGUAGAUAGAAUAAAUGAAUUUUAACCAACUCUUCUAUUUUGUAGAUAAAAUCUACCGACUUUAGAGAUUUGCCUUAGCAGUUAGGUCUAAAUCUCUUCUUUUUACUAACUGAGCAUAGAAAAGUUUUGUUUUACUUUAGAAACUGUGUUUUUAUAAAAGACUAUUAUUCUAAAAAACACACACAAGUUCUGGAGUGUGGUAAUGUUUUAUAUUGGGAACAGGAGAGGUGGUAAGAAAAGCAUGGACUUUGGAGUCACACAUUCUUUCAUUCAACUAAUAUUAAGCUCCUACUAUAUACUUAGAAUUGUAUUGGGUAAUAGGAAUAUAGUAGUAAAGACAAAAAAGAUCCCUACCCUGUGGAAAUUUUAAUUUCAUAUGGAGAUAAAACACUAUAGAGAAAAUAAGGCAGUGAGGUGAGAAAAGGGUGAGUGGGAUGGGCCUACUUUACUUACGAUGUCAAAGAAGGGCUCUCUGAGGAAGUGAUGGGAGCUGAGUCCUGAGUGAGGAGCAGGAGCCAGCCACGUGAAGAUCUGAGGACGAGCAUGCUAGGCAGGUGACACUUGCAGGAGCGAAGGCCUUGGGACAGGUCAGGGCUCAGUUUGAGGAACAAGGGGGAUGUACGGCUGGAGCACAGUGAGGAAGAGGAGAGGAGUGUUAUGACGCCCAGCCUUUGGCUGGGCACAUGGCUUCCCAGAAACAGACAUUUUCCAGCCUUUCUCAGAAGUCUCUAAGUUCUGACCAUAUAAGGGAAGGGUUAGGCAGAGCUUCCAGGACUCUUCCUUAAGCCACAGCAGGCAUGCACCCGUUGCUCCUUUCUUCUUCCAACUCGGCUGCUUGGCAGACAUGCAAUGACUGGUACUCUGCCUGCUCUUUUAGGAGACAGGGAUGAGGGUCCGGUCCUAAGCACCGGGGAACAUGGCCUGGAAGGAGUUUGUGCCCUGAGGACUUUAAAAAAAAAAAAUCUAUUUUUAUUGAUUUCAGCCUCCUGAAUGCCCCCUACUGGGGAAUGAGCCUGGGCAUGUGCCCUUGACUGGAUUUGAACCCAGGACCCUUCAGUCCGCAGGCCGACGCUCGAACCACUGAGCCAAACCUGUUAGGGCCCUGAGGACUUCUUGAAGCUGAACCCUGUACCAGCCGUGAGAGGUAUUCCUUCAGACAUGUCAG